CUUAUGCAAUCAACGACGAAAAAUGACUCCGGCGUGAGAGCUAGUGAACAGGAGAGAUAAACAAGCAUGUUUCUCGUGUAAAUUUACUUUUUUAUGUGUUGGUUCAGUUAGUUUUCGCUGUUUUCUUUCUGAAAACUUGAUCUUCGUGCCAGCAGGAGCUCUCUGAUAUCACUUCCUGUGACAGUUUCCUUUCCAGACCGCAGCUGGUUGUUUCACUACGGAGAGGCAGAUUAAAACAUGGCGUGAGGAUGAGUUCAGAGGACCGCAGUUAACUUCUUCUUCUCUUCUUCCUGAGCCAAAUGAAAGGCGCAUCACGCAGGUGUGUGUGAUCCUGCACACAACUCCAGACGAUUACAGCCCACUUCUGUUCAUCGGGGUCCACACGAGCGGAAAAAGCUCCCAGUCAGGAUGGCGUGGGCUCUGAAACUGCCCCUCGCUGAUGAGGUGAUCGAGUCCGGCCUGGUGCAGGAUUUUGAUGCCAGUCUGUCUGGGAUUGGUCAGGAGCUUGGAGCUGGAGCCUACAGUAUGAGUGAUGUGCUGGCACUCCCUAUCUUUAAGCAGGAAGAAUCCAAUCUGCCACCUGAUAAUGACAACAAGAUCCUUCCUUUCCAGUAUGUUCUUUGUGCUGCUACGUCACCAGCUGUCAAACUACAUGAUGAGACACUCACCUACCUCAACCAAGGGCAGUCUUACGAAAUUCGAAUGCUGGACAAUCGGAAAAUGGGUGAGCUUCCGGAGAUCACAGGCAAAAUGGUGAAGAGCAUCAUUCGUGUGGUUUUUCAUGACCGGCGUCUGCAGUACACUGAGCACCAGCAGCUGGAGGGCUGGCGCUGGAACAGACCAGGAGACCGAAUCCUUGACCUGGAUAUUCCUAUGUCUGUUGGUAUUGUGGAUCCCAGGGCAAACCCUACGCAGCUCAACACAGUGGAGUUCCUAUGGGACCCAUCAAAACGGACUUCGGUGUUCAUCCAGGUUCACUGCAUCAGCACAGAGUUCACAAUGCGCAAGCAUGGCGGUGAGAAGGGGGUGCCGUUCCGCAUCCAAAUCGACACGUUCAAAGAGAACGAAGCAGGGGACUACACAGAACAUCUGCACUCUGCCAGCUGCCAAAUCAAAGUCUUCAAGCCCAAAGGUGCUGACAGAAAGCAGAAGACCGAUAGAGAAAAGAUGGAGAAGAGGGCACCACAGGAAAAAGAGAAAUAUCAGCCAUCGUAUGAAACCACCAUCCUUACUGAGUGCUCGCCAUGGCCCGAAGCCACUUAUGUCAACAACUCUCCAUCUCCAGGCUUCAGCAGCACCCACAACAGCUUCCCUAAUGAAGGGAAUGGAUCGCCAAAUCAUCAGCCAGAGCCAGUGGCACCGGUAGUAGAUAAUCUGCUGCCCACUGCAACACCACAAGAAGCACAGCAGUGGCUCCAUAGAAACCGCUUUUCGCCAUUCUGUCGUCUCUUCACAAACUUCUCAGGGUCAGACCUGCUGAAACUAACUAGAGAGGACGUCAUUCAGAUCUGUGGCCCAGCUGAUGGCAUACGAUUGUUCAACUCACUAAAAGGAAGGGUGGUUCGCCCAAGACUCACCAUCUAUGUGUGCCAGGAGUCUCAGCAGGCCCGAGACCAACAACAAAAACAUGAGAACGGAGAUGGUGCUAGCAAUACCUUUUUUGUGUACCAUGCUAUUUACUUGGAGGACUUAACAGCCAUUGAGCUGACUGAGAAAUUAGCUCAGCUUUUCAACAUCUCUCCACGCCAGAUCAGUCAGAUCUUCAAGCAGGGACCCACAGGCAUCCAUGUGCUGGUCAGCGAUGAGAUGAUUCAGAACUUUCAGGACGAGAUGUGUUUUGUGUUGGACACAAUGAAAGCUGAGACGAACGAUGGCUAUCACAUCAUCUUGAAGUGAGAAUGCAAACCACGCGAAGAGAGUCGGCACCCAUUUUCCAGCAGAUUAUUCUUGAUCAGUAUGCUUCCCCACAGCCACUGCCUUCACUCUUCCUGGAUCUUAUGAUUACGAUUGUUUCUUACAAUUGUAUUGCUCAGGCAAUAUAGGCCACUGUGGAAAAGUGGAAACGCAUCUGGCCUGUUCUGAUACCUUACUGUCUUACUCUCCAGAGUGUCUGUGCUACCAGUAUGAUCAGACAGCUGAUUUUGUUUUGCAUUUUAUUGCUUUAAUUAGCCUUCCUUUUUAAAAAUCCCUCUUUUUUUUUUUUUUUUUUUCCCUGUGAUGUCUGUACGUUAGUUGUAAGCAAUGGUAAACGCCAGAGCCUGCUGCCUGAGAGAGAGACUGAAUGGGUUGUUGUAGAAUUAGCAUUAGCAGCCAGUGUCUGACUAGCUCUUUUUUGCAUCCUGUCCCACCAUGAUCCCACUAUUUGUCAGCAUUGCAAGUUAUUAUCCAUCAUGAUGGGCAAGUCAUAGUAAACGUCUAAUCAAUAAUUACACCUCGUAGGCCUCUAUUACUGAUGCCCUACUGAAAAAGUAGUUUCAACAUGUCCCAUUAGUAGGCUAAUGCCUGUUAACUUUAUGUUGUCAAAAUACAUUUUUUUAAGCAACUUCUCCUGACUUGUCUACAGGAAGAAAAGCAUCCCUGCUGCACGAUGGUUCUGCUUUUCUGUAGCUCGUUUAUUAAUAAGCGUUUUCCGCAGAGUAACGAAUCCUUUCUUUGGAAAUGUAGUAUUUCUUCUAAUUUGACACGUAUUCUCAAUCUGAGUAACAUUAAUUCAGUUGCUAAUUCACAACAGUGUGGUCACACUACAUUUUUAUUCUUCAAUCUUCCAUUAUAUUGUUCAGACAGUGGGCUUAAAUGGCAACACCAGUCCAUUACCUCCUCCAGAUUCUUUUUUUGUGUGUGUGCUUUUAUAUUUUUAUUUCCUUCUUAAAUACAGGAUCUUACAAAGAUCUGUUCAGACCAGAAUUCUUUUCUUCUUAUUCAUGUCAUGUUUUACAUCAGUAAACAAACAGCUUUGUGUUGGUCAUCAUUGUUGGACUGUUUUUUGUUUUUUUUUGUGAUCGUUGCAAUGCAAAUCCGUUUGGUGUGAAACACAUCCAUGUUUUAAGUGCUUGUGAAGGUAGAGCGAGUUUGCUGUGUUGGAUGUAUGCAAGAUAGCAGUCACUGAAGAAUUGUCUGUCUCCUCCUCAUUUUCUCAUGUCAGUGCAACAAUUAAAACAGUUUACUCAUGA